AUGCCGAAGCGCUGCUCGCAAACAGCGAUCCCACCCGCAGAGUCUUUUUUCUACAUACGCGAUAAGCUUCACCUUAUCUACCACCACAACAAAAACCAGCACCGGAAUAUAAAGUGGUUUAAGUGGCUAGGGAUUUUGAAACGAUGGACAAAUAAACUGGCUGUUGAGAUCGAAACUACUCGGACUCGAGUGCAUUUUGAUUUGAUGUUUGAGGACGACGAGUCUGAAAGUAUACAAUCCAUUGCGGCGCAUCUCGCUCGUAAUAUUGUGCCGAGAUGCUAUGGAUCAUUUUCAAACAUAGUCGCUGAUAGACAAUUUUCGGCCCUGGGUACCGUACUAAUUGCUUUACUGGCUGAGCUUUCUAGCCUCCUUAAAAUGCCGAAUCUAAAGGAUGAUUCUAUUGAUAUCUCGGACGUAAAACAGGCAGGCAUUUAUAUGGAUGUCAGUCUUGAUAACACUGCCACGUCAUCCCCUAAGUUACAGUCCAAAAACCAUCCUCACGAGGAUUUGGGAGAGGUCGUCCGUCGAUCCCCCGGGGUGGAAGUAUUGCCAUCUAGGAUAGUAAGAAAGGAGCAUCAAGCUAUCCCGGAGUCAAGUACUGCACCAGCGGCAGAGAUAGAUGCCAACCGAUGCCAGGGAAAGAGAAAGUUUGUAGAUAGCAGCGAUGCCAAUGCCAAUGGCCAGGCUGCUCGAGACAGAAGCCCACUACAGGCCGACGCACACACAAAAUCCAAAGACAAGCGAAAAAAGAAGAAGAAAAGGAAAAAGGGCGAUGCGAUCGAUGAUAUCUUCGGGGCCUUCGGCUAA